CCAAGCAACUAGCCAAUCCCGCUUCGAGCCCGCAUUACUGACGUGAGUCUCCACCAAUGGGAGGCCAGUUCUAAAAGUAACCAACCCCGCCUUCUCGGAGAAUGCCAGAUAUACUCGGUAAAGGCGUCAGGUUUGCCUGGCCAGCUGACAUGUCAUAAUAUGGUGUGGGAAGUGAAAUCACAGUCAGUCCCUCAGAGAGUUCAGGAAGUCCAGGCACAGAGCUCAGGUAAGGACGAGACCUUCGACCUGCUCAAGUGCAACGAGCACCUGCCCUCCUCACCUGGAUACCCUUCUAACGAAAGCCACAUGGAGUAUGAUGACCUACCCGAGCUGCAGGAGGUACAAGAUGAUCAAUCAACCCCAGGCGUGUUCCAGGUGGCCCCGGGCGUGUCACAUGAGGAGGGCCCGGGUGAUGAGUGGAGCUCCAGAACGGAAAGCAGCAUCUCACAUACAAACUGGCUGACAGAGUUAGCCAACAUCGCCACAAGCCCCCAAAGCCCCCUGUUCCAGAAUGGCCCACACAAUCGAUCUUCAGUCCACAUUUUCUCCAGUAGUAGUAGUUUACAUUCCUACGCGAGACCCCCUCUGUCUUCCAGAAGCACCCACAGCCCCGCCCGUAGCGACAUGAGAGAACGCCGCUGCACCAGGGCCAGCAGUGAGUCGGAAUCAGGAAUUUUCUGUAUGUCCUCUCUGUCCGAUGAUGAUGAUCUGGGAUGGUCUCAUUCGUGGCCCUCUACUGCCUGGCACUGUUUCCUGAAAGGAACACGUCUACGCUUCCACAAAGGUGUGAACGUGGAGUGGCAAGAGGCAGAAGAUGUGCUGGAUUCUGAUGAAGAUUCUGAUGACGAGGGAGGAACACAGUCCAACCCAAUUAAGAAUUUCGGUUCAGAGGGUCUCAAGCUCAUCGCCUUUGAGGAGACUGUGUCUUUCGGUCACUCUGUCCUGAAAUUAACCUUUGACCCCGGUUCCCCUGAAGCAGGGCUUCUGACCGCUGAGUGCCGUCUGGACCAUCCGUUUUUUGUGAAAAAUAAAGGGUGGUCUUCCUUUUAUCCGAGCCUUACCGUUGUGCAGCACGGUAUUCCCUGCUAUUAUGUUCAGGUCGGAGACUUGUGUCUUCCGCCGGGACACCGUGACGCCAUCAACUGUGAUGACUCAGUCGUUUUUGACACUUUUAGAAGUUAUGAUUUCACUCCUCUGGACUCGUCCGCCGUGUACGUUCUGAGCAGUAUGGCACGUCAACGCCGGGCCUCCCAGUCCAGUGGGGGUGCUGUAAGUCCCGACUGUGACAAACUUGAGGCCUGUGGCUCCUCCGACCAAUCCCCCAGCAGCAAAUCACAGCGCAGCCACGCCUCAGGGAGCUCUGGUGCCACACCCACAAAGUGCAAGCGGCCAAUGAAUGCAUUCAUGCUAUUUGCCAAGAAGUACAGAGUGGAAUACACGCAGAUGUACCCCGGCAAGGACAACAGAGCCAUCAGCGUGAUUCUGGGUGAUAAAUGGAAGAAGAUGAAGAAUGAGGAGAGGAGGAUGUACACAAUGGAGGCAAAAGCUCUAGCGGAGGAGCAGAAACGACUCAACCCUGACUGCUGGAAACGCAAGAGAACUAACUCGGGCUCUCAGCAGAACUAGCCUGAGGAUCGUCACGGAAACAUGAACUGGACAGCAGGAGACGGACGGCGACACAAAUUCUCUCGAAAGAGUGAUAAACCGCAACUGUGAUGCUAUGAACACCUGCUUUAGAAAAUAAAAUGAAUUUGAUCUUUGCGAUAAAAAAAUUAAACAUUAAAAAUAUGCUAAACGGAAGGUAAAUCAGAUAUAUACGAUAUAUAUAUAUAAAAAAAAUUAUCUAGUCAACUAACAGUGCUUGUGUAUUUUUCUUAUCCUUUCAAAAAUGACAAAAGAGCCUUAUUCUUUCAACAUCAGACAACGCUCAGUUCUACUUUCAGGUAUUUUUGUACUUCUGUGCUUUUAAGGUGCAACCCUGUGGUGCUAUUUUACUGAGGCCGAAGGAGCGAUAUAUACAAAUAAUGUCUAUUUUUAAAUGUAAAAAGGAGAAAUUUAGACGUUAGCUUUUUUUUUUUUUUUUUUUUUUUUACAGCUGUUCAUAUUAAUUCUAUUUGUAUAACUCAACUUAUUGCACGGACUCAAAUGUAUUGCAAACAGAUGAAUGCUGAUGAAUUCGUCAACAAAAGCUGGGAAAGGGCUGAAUUUAAUAUGACACCAGUCCAGCCUAGGCCAUAUUCACUGUGUGUGUGUCUGCGUACUUGUGUGCUGGUGUGUGUGUGUGUGUGUGUGUGUGUAUAGUAGUCUAUCCAUAUGGCCAUGUUGUUCAUGGAUAGUCACACACGCAAGUACACGUGUACAGUGACGCACACAUCAGUCACAUACAGCAGUUCAGCACCAUGCCUUUAAGUGUUAUUGUUUUUGCACUUUAUAUUCAUUUAUAACCUUAUACAACCAAUAAAUGUAUACAAGCUGAAAUGUUGUGUAAAAAUGUACUGUAUAUAUCAUGAUAGGCUUUAUCCUUUGACACAAUAAUGGCCAAACUCAGCAAACUGCUUGUGAUGCA